AAUGUACCUACCGUGCUUCUCUCUCAUGCUCAAAGUUUAUGGCGGUGGGGAGCCUUGCAGCUCCCUUCAUGCACCCUGUCUUCCAUUCAUGCCCAAAACGUAGACCCACUCAAAGGUACGUUCAGGUAUCAAGUAUAUAAUAGGAGCACUCAUGGCCGAAAAUCGUGCUUGAUCUGAGUUGACACGUGCAGCCUAAAUCGCAUCUUCCAUUUUUUCGGAUACCGACGCCACACAUCACAAAUGGACGCCCAAAAUAAAAGCCUUGUGAAUAUUUUCUUCACAGGCAAUCUCUGUGUGAAGUUCGUUCGCCUGCAAUGGGUCGAUUACUCGGGCGUGUUACGCACGCGGAUCAUCACCAAGGGUCGAUGCCAACAACUCGCGUCAGGGAGCGACUACUAUCAACUCGCUCAAAACUGUAUGGUCAUCCCUCUCUCUACAGCCCCACGAUGUUGGCCGGACGGAAUCGAAGAAUGGAACUUAUGCCCGGAUUGGACAUCGCUCAGGGUCUGCGGAUUUGCUCCAACGCACGCUUCCGUCAUGUGCGCCACGGCAAACCGAAACCUCUCUGCCACGGAUCAUUUUGCAAGGUGUCCCAGGAAGCUUUUAUCAAAAGUCCUAGAUGCUUUCGACAAACAAGACAAAUCCAAGUUGCUUAUGGGCUUUGAAAUUGAGUUUGUCCUUCUCGACGAGACCUUCAAUCUUGCGAAAUCUAUGGAUCAAACAGUUGGCUAUUCCAUGACUGCGGGUCUCCGAACCGAGAAAUUAGUUGUUAUGGAGGAGAUCGUUGCAGCGUUGGAGGUGUCCGGGAUCGAAGUAUAUCAUUUUCACACAGAGAUCGUGGAUCAGUUCGAAGUUGCACUUUCUCCGAUGCCACCGAUGCAAGCUAUUGACGCCCUUAUGAUGGCCCAGGAGACGAUCCGCACUAUCUUUCUUCGCUAUGGUCUGAGAGCUACCAUGGCGCCAAAACCCGUCUUCAACGGUCCCCAGAGUGGUUGUCAUGUUCACGUUUCUCUGAACCCUGGAACCAAAGACAGUUCGGCAUCCUUCCUGGCCGGCGUACUUUGUAAGCUGAAGCCUCUCUGUACUUUCGGCCUUGCAAACUAUGACAGCUACUACCGAGUUUCUGGUGAUUGUGCUGGGGAGUGGGUAGCUUGGGGAACUCAUAACAAAGAUUUACCUGUCCGUCAAGUCAAUCCGAAUCGCUGGGAGUUCAGAUUCCUGGAUGUUACCGCGAACAUGUACCUUUCCAUCGCAGCAAUUCUUGUAGCAGGAAUAGCUGGCAUGAAGCGACAACAGCCUUUGACCAUCAGUGAUGUUCAACUUGUCCCAUCAGCACUUUCUCAUGCUGAAGCGGGACGUCAACUGCAAGCCUAUGGAGUUACUGAAUCCAUGCCAUCAAAACUCGAACAGGCCUUGGAUGCGGCAAAACAUGACGAAGAGUUGCAGGGCUGGGUUGGGACCGAGCUCUUCGAGCAAUAUGUCAAAGUAAAGGACAAAGAGGUGGAAUACUUUUCCAAGAUGACGGAUGAGGAUCGCAAACUAGUAUUCGUCAGACAUUUCUAGAGUCACAGAGGCAGCACUCUCGUUUCCUAUAUAAAACAUCGUCUUUAGCAAAGGGAGAAAUUGGUUCUUGCUAGAGUGUUUUCAUUUCCAAACCCAAGUUGCACAAUCCACGAGCUCGAAUGUAUCUGGAUUC